UACACAAAAUUUGCUAGAAAACUUAUUCUAUUUAUUUUUGAAUUUGUAUCAGUAAAGCUUUCGCUAUGCAUUCGGGAAUUUUGUUAUUUUUAACGGCAGUCAUAGCGUAUGUGACGGCACAGAACGUUCCAGCGGGAUUUAUUCCAUUGCCUCCUCUACCGGUACAGACAGCCAAACCUAAAGUGACACCAAAGCCAACUCAAGCUCCAAUUACGAAGAAGCCGAUAGCGACAAAGGCGCCAUUUAAACCGACGACAAUGAAGCCUACACUGGCGCCAACGACACAACAGGCUUCUUCGGCUCAUCAGGCAACAAGUCGGCAAGCAUCCAUAGCAACUCCAAAGCCCAAACCGUCUUGUGGUCUCAACAUAAAUCUUCCGAAUACCAACUGCAAGGGAGGUAAUAGCGCCGUGCAACAAACACUGCACACUUUGAAACAAGAACUAGACCGGACCCGACAGCAACAUCAGACUCAAAAUGCCGCUGUGCAGGCAAUGAUCACAAAACUCCAGACCCAACAAUUCGGCUACGUCAACAAAAUAUCCGACCUUCAGAACGAAGUUAGGAACUUAGUGACCGCUUUCAAUUCUAAAUGUGGCUCAAAACCGAUUUCCACUCUCGCUCCACCCACUGCAGCACCUCCGGCAACUGGAGGCUCAAGCCCGUUGCUCCAACAAGCCGUGCAGAACGUGAGGCAGGAUUUGAACCAGGCAGUCAGUGACUUCAACAACAAAGUGUUCAACCUGAGCUCUCUAAUGAUAAGUGACCAACAGCAGGAAAUGAAGGUUCAUCAGGGUAUAGAAUCUCAGAUUCAGCAACAAGCUGGUGAGAUCGGACGUUUAUCUCAGCAAGUUAGAGAUCUCAACAUGCUCCUGCAGCAAAUAAAUACAACUGCUGGCAGCGGAGGUACUGGGGCCACUAGCGCAGAUGUCGCUAAAUUACAAGCUAAAAUCAAUCAGGUAGCAAACGACAUCGCGCUGUAUGACCAAAAACAACAAGGCCGGUUCAGCAGCUUAAACUUGAAAACAAGUUCUCUACAGGCGGAAGUCGGAAAUCAUACUAAUCAAAUACGCGGCCUGCAGACCAACUUGAUUCUUGAUCAGUCCCGUGUAAAUAAAGUAGACAAAGAUAUAACAAUUGUCCACGACGCGUUAGCACAGUUCAGAAAAACAACACUUCCUAAAAUGAACCAGAUCGAAGCUGAUGUGCAGUCAUUGACCAGUAAUAUGACUUCCGUUCAGACAAGUGUUAAAAACGUAGGAGGUACCGUGUUCAAGUUGAUAGCACAGAUUGGUCAAGACGGUGCUAAACUCACAAGCCUAGAGGGACAGACCACACAGUUGAAGAAAGAUGUGUCCAAAAUGCAGAGCGACCUCAGCCAACAAGAUACUGAAAUAAAAGCAAUUCAAAGCGGGAUAACUUCGCUGAAAAAUGCCAUACCAAUGAGUGACCUGAACAAAAUGAACAAUAACAUCCUCCAAGUAUUGGCCACGUUGACCAGCGGCAAAAGUCCAACCCAGCAGCAGUUAAAGGACCUUACACAGGCUAUUACAACUAUAACUAAUAAAUUAAAACAACUAAAACCGAGCACACCGAGUGGAUAGACGUGAAGCUUUCUGAAAAAUAAGCAAAACUUUUUUAUGUUUGGCUGGCAAAUGGCUUGAUUUUAAUCAGACUAUAUAGGACUUUAUUUAAGCUGCCGCCGGUUAAAGUUUGUUAAAGUGUGAUGAUGAUACAUUUUCUAAUACUAAAACUAUUUAAAGUUACCUUCCGGCGAAGGUUAUAAUGCAUAUAAGAGAGAUUUUGUUUGAAAAAAUGAAAAUAGGUUGUGAUGUACGUGUAUUGAUGGAGGACUUUUCAUUGGUGUUUGGAGAACAGUUUAAAUUAGUUUCCUCAGGAAGCGGGAACAAGCUUAGAAUUGUUGCCAGAGGCUGAUAGGCCGUGAACAACAGUUCUAAAUGUCAACCCAUUGCCGGAGAAAAUAGUUUUCACUGUCAUCCUUAACACCCCUAAAACAGCUGAUUUAUUACGUAAAUCAUUUAUCUAAUUGUGAUUUUCCAAAAGGACAACAUUUGUGUUAGUAAAUAGUUCUCCAAAGCGCUUUACGCGAUCGCUUUCUAUCAUAAGCUCGAUCAGAGACACCCGGUGGAAGAUUUUAAUGUAUCUAAGAUGCACAUGAAACCAUUAACUAUAGAAAAACAGUCUGACAAUGCUUUCGAGAAACCAUUUGUAUUAAGCAAUGGCUAAUGAUAUAUUUUGUUUGGAUAUAUACAUAUAAUAACUUCGUUAGUAAGAGCUUAACCUUUGCCGGAAAGGUUUAUUUAUAUCUGUCAGUGUAUGUAUGAAUGUACACAUAAAUCAAUUUAAUCUUUUCUUGUUUCCCUGAAAACUAAGCUUCUAGAAGA